GCGGAACCUUUGUUCCAGCCUCGUGUUUCCACCGGAGGGUUUAAAGCUCGUGCAGCAGUCAGAGCGGACCGACGGAUCCUGUGUUAUUAGUGUGAUUAUAUUGAUUAUUACUGUUAUUACUGUAUUCCCGUGAUGCAAUGCGGCUGGUCUCUGUUAGGUCCGCUGCAGUGGAUCCGUUACAUCAACAAACAGGUGAUGGUGAAGGCGGGAAAAGAUGAAGAGCUCCGCGGCUGGUUGGUCACCGUGGACCCGGUGUCCGCGAGUCUGGUUCUGGUGAACUUCCAGGACGAUGCGGUCCGGGAGGGCGGGGCCUCGGUGCAGGUGGUGAUGGGUCAUGCCGUGCAGGAGGUGCGGGUUUUGCAUGAGGCGGACCAGGAGACCACGGAGCGUCUGCAGACCUCUUUCCUACCCGCGAGCCCCCGCCCCCUCGCCCCGGAGCAGCGGCACCGGAGGCGGGCCGGCGUGCGCAGCUGGCUGGAGCAGAACCGGGUCCCGGUGCAGGAGGACGGCGAGGACCUGCUGGUGGCCGGCGCUCUGACCAUCACGGCGCCGUACGGACCCGAGGACUGCUGCAGCUCCAACCAGAUCAUCCUGGACCGCGUCCAGAGACUGAUCCAGAGUCAGCCGCCAGGGCUAUCCAAUCACAGUGCAGCGCCUCCUGCCAGCCCACCCAUCCAGAAACUGAUCCAGCCUGCGGACCAAUCAGACUGCAGCAGCUGUGACUGACGGCUGUCUGAGACAGUUUGAGUUCAGAUUAAGUUUUGUUUUCUGUCUUUUGGCCAAUAAAAAUCCCUGAAGGUUGAA